AUGGCGAAGUCUCCGGAUCGAAACGAAGCAUUCGGUUGGGCGGCCAACGACAAAUCCGGCGUUCUCUCUCCAUUUCAUUUCUCCAGAAGAGAGAAUGGUGACAACGAUGUAACAGUGAAGAUCUUGUUUUGUGGUGUUUGCCACUCUGAUCUUCAUAUCAUCAGGAACGAAUGGGGCAACGCUCGUUACCCGAUCAUUCCCGGGCAUGAAAUCGUUGGAAUCGCAACAAAAGUUGGCAAGAAUGUGACAGGGUUCAAAGAAGGAGACCGAGUAGGAGUCGGAGUAAUCAUCGGCUCAUGCCAAUCAUGUGAUUCAUGUCACCAAGAUUUAGAGAACUACUGUCCUCAAGUUGUAUACACAUACAACUCUCCUUCCUCUGACGGAACAAGAAACCAAGGUGGUUACUCCGACAAGAUCGUCGUCGAUCACCGCUUUGUCCUGAGAUUCCCCGAUGGCUUACCGAGCGACUCAGGCGCACCGCUGCUCUGUUCCGGAAUCACCGUGUACAGUCCGAUGAAAUACUAUGGUAUGGCUGAAGGAAAAGGGAAACAUUUAGGUGUGAGUGGACUUGGUGGGCUUGGUCAUAUCGCUGUGAAGAUCGGUAAAGCCUUUGGUUUGAAAGUCACUGUGAUCAGUAGGUCACCUGAGAAGGAGAGAGAAGCAAUCGACAAACUCGGUGCUGACUCGUUUCUCGUCACAUCGGACUCUCAGAAGAUGAAGGAUGCAAUUGGGACUAUGGAUUUCGUGUUGGACACGGUAUCAGCAGAUCACUCUCUUAUGCCGUUGUUUAGUUUGCUCAAAGUGAAUGGAAAGCUUGUGACAGUAGGCUUACCGGAGAAGCCACUUUUGCUACCAGUCUUCCCUCUGGCUGCCGGAAGGAAAAUGGUGGGAGGGAGUAUGAUUGGAGGGAUGAAGGAGACACAAGAGAUGCUUGACUUCUGUGCCAAGCAUAACAUUGUUGCAGAUAUCGAGCUCAUCAAGAUGAGUGAUAUCAACUCUGCGAUGGAACGCUUGGUUAAGUCUGAUGUUAGGUACCGGUUCGUGAUCGAUGUGGCCAAUUCCUUGAACCCUGCUCAGGGCCGGCUCUAG